AUGCGUACCACCACUGCCGAGCUCCUGCUCAUAUGCGUCCUAGCCGCCGAAGGCUUGCUGGCCUCCGAUGCACUUCAGCUCGGGGCGGCCAGCGGCUCGGUCGGUGCAAGCUGCAUACCGCGGGAGAGGGACGCCCUGCUGUCCUUGAAGCACGGCAUCACCAGCGACCCCAUGGGCGUCCUUGACUCUUGGCACAAGGAAGACUGCUGUCAGUGGAGGGGCGUCAAGUGCAGCAACAGGACCGGCCAUGUCCUUAGGCUUCAUCUUCGUAAUCUGCAUGUGGACACGUACAUUUUCGAUGGGGACAUCGUCAUCCUCGAUGAGUACUACAGAGACACAGCUUUGGUUGGACAGAUAAGUAAUUCUUUGCUCACCAUGGAUCGUCUUGUGCACCUUGAUCUUAGCAUGAAUUAUCUCGAGGGCCCAAGUGGCCGUAUGCCGCAGUUCUUGGGCUCUUUGACGAGAUUGAGAUAUCUCAACCUCUCCGGCAUACCAUUUUCUGGCAGAGUGCCCCCUCACCUCGGCAACCUCUCAAACUUGCACCAUCUUGAUCUCUCAUGCCAAUUUUGCACAGAAAAUAUGUACUCAAGAGACAUUUCAUGGGUAGCACACCUCCCUAAUUUGCAGUAUCUUGGAAUGAAUUCGGUAAACCUCAGCACAAUAGUUGAUUGGCCUUAUGUUCUCAACAUGAUUCCUUCUUUGAAGGCCCUUGAUCUUGCGUCUUGCUCUCUUCUAGCCGCAAAUCAUUCACUCCCACAUAUUAACCUUACCAAACUCGAGAGGCUUGAUCUCUCUAGCAACAUUUUUGCCCACCCAAUGGCACGGAGUUGGUUUUGGAAUUUGACAGGCCUCCAGCAUCUCUACCUUGCCGAGACUGAACUGUACGGUCAAGCACCUGAUGCACUGGCACAUAUGACGUCCCUCCAAGUCCUUUAUUUGUCAUCUAGUAACAUGGGAAGGAUGGCUACAGGCUUCAGAAAACUAUGCAAUCUGAGAAUCCUGGACCUUUCUGAUUGUCAAAUUGAUGGAAAUAUAAAGGAUAUUAUAGGGAGGAUGCCCCAAUGUCCCUUGAACAAACUGCAGGAGUUGUAUUUGCGUUCCAACAAUAUUACCGGAAUCAUGCCGGAUCGGAUAACACACUUAACCAGCUUAGUUGUUCUUAACAUCGCUCAGAACAACCUAAUUGGAGGCAUACCACGAGGGGUGGGUCUGCUCUCUAGAUUAAGAAGACUUGAUCUCUCUUCCAACAAUCUCAGUGAACCUGUGCCAUUUGAGAUCGGUAAGCUCGGAAAUUUGACCAUGAUGGAUCUCACACUCAACAACUUGAAUGGUGACUUCACUGAAGAACAUUUAACAAGGCUAACGAGGUUGAGAAGGUUGCAUUUAAGAUGGAAUUAUUUGAGGAUUACAGUUGGUCCCGAUUGGAUACCACCCUUCAGUUUAGAAGAAAUAACUCUUGGCUCUUGCCAACUGGGCCCUUUGUUUCCUGCAUGGCUUCAAUUCCAAGUGGACAUUCGAUUGAUGGAUAUAUCAUCCACAGGUAUAGUUGAUAGGAUUCCUCACUGGUUCAGCACUACAUUUGCAAAGGUCACAGAUCUGGACAUCUCCAACAAUGAAAUCAGCGGCAGGUUGCCAAGAAACAUGGAAUUCAUGUCACUGCAAUAUUUCUCAAUCAGUUCAAAUAACCUAACUGGUGAACUCCCGAACUUACCAAGAAAUAUUACCUCCCUGGACAUGUCUAGAAACUCUUUAUCUGGAACUUUGCCAUCAAACAUUGGAACUCCACAUUUGAUUUCAUUAGCUCUGGUCUCCAAUCAAAUAACCGGUUGUAUUCCCGAAUCUCUCUGCAAAGCGGAAUUCUUGGAAUCAUUGGACUUAAGGAACAAUCUUUUCGAGGGACAACUUCCUCGGUGUUUUGGGGUGAAGGACAUUUUCUUUCUCAUGUUGAGUAACAAUAGCUUCUCUGGCAACUUCCCGCCGUUUGUAAAAGAUUGUAGACGAUUGGAGGCUCUAGAUCUAUCACGUAAUAGUUUUUCUGGAAGGUUGCCAUUGUGGAUUGGAGAUUUGGUUGAAUUACGAUUUUUGCGUCUAAAUCGGAAUAUGUUUUCUGGAGAAAUUCCAGCUACCAUCUCAAAUCUUAGUCACCUUCACCAUCUGAACCUAGCAGGCAAUGACUUAUCAGGUCCCAUACCGUGGCAUCUGUCAAAUGUGACGGGCAUGACAGGAAAAUAUGUAAAGGAUUCUAUGAUCGACUCAAUACCUUAUGGCAGUUCCUCGCAUAAGUUGCGUACAUAUAGUUUUUCCUCUGUGAUCGUCAAGGGACGUGAACUUGAUUAUGAUUUGCACAUUAUGGAUUUGGUGAGCAUUGACUUAUCUUUCAACCAAUUAACUGGGAGAAUACCAGAAGAAAUAGCUGCUCUUGAUGCGGUGAUGAACUUGAAUCUAUCAUGGAACCAAUUGAGUGGGAAAAUUCCAAUUAAGCUUGGGGCCUUGAAGGCUUUGGAAUCACUUGACCUCUCAAGGAACAAGCUUUCUGGUGGGAUCCCUUCGAGCCUAUCAGAUAUAACUUAUUUGAGCUACUUGGACCUGUCUGAUAACAAUCUAACAGGGAGAAUACCAUCAGGACGUCAGCUUGACACCCUCUACACACAGCAACCUUCCAUGUACAGCGGCAACAGUGGUCUUUGUGGGCUUCCUCUUCCAAUCAGUUGCCCGGGAAAGAAUGCAACAAGGCAAGAUAAUCAAAAGAGUAAUGAACAUUCCUUUGAGCCAAUGACCUUCUAUUUUGGGCUCGCUCUAGGAUUUAUUCUGGGUCUCUGGGUGGUGUUUUGCGUCUUGUUGUUUAAGAAAGCAUGGAGGGUUGCUUACUUUCGCCUCAUUGACCAGACAUAUGAUCAGGUGUAUGUGUUUGCCGUUAUUACAUGGAGAAGCUGGGCCAGACAGGGAACUACAAAUUGA